AUGCGUGGAAUUUUAGGGUUCUAGAGAUAUGGAGUUCAUGGAUUUGGCGCUGGCGCAGGCGAGGCAAGCGCUCAACAGGCUAGAGGUUCCUGUCGGAUGCGUGAUUGUGGAGAAUGGGCGAGUGAUUGCUUCCGGCAGUAACAGGACGAACGAAACGCGCAAUGCUACCAGGCACGCUGAAAUGGAAGCCAUUGAUAUGCUCCUUCCUCGUUGGGAGUGCUCCAGCCACGAAGAUUUCUCCAAACGCUUCGCCGGAUGCGAGCUCUACGUGACUUGCGAGCCUUGCAUCAUGUGUGCCGCUGCUCUUUCUUUGCUUGGAAUAGGCAAGGUUUUCUAUGGCUGUAAAAACGAUCGAUUCGGUGGCUGCGGCUCUAUCUUAUCGCUCCAUUCGAAUGGAGUAGGACACUGUGCAAGUGAAGCACCAGAAAGUGCAGGAGGAAUGACUUAUCCUUGCGUUGGAGGAAUCAUGGCUGAGGAAGCCAUCGGACUCUUUCGAGAGUUUUACGAGCAGGGCAAUCCCAAAGCUCCCAAACCUCACAGACCUGUUCUCUCAAGGAUAAGCACCUAAGCUAGUACAUUGUUGUAACAUAAAAAUGAUCAUUUUAAUAAGAGUUUCUGGUUGGAAUUAAAGAUUUAAA